CAAAGAAUGUCUCUCGCAUCAGGGCGAAGUGUUUGCUGAUCGACCUUCUCUGCCUUUAUUUCAGAAAAUGACCAAAAUGGGAGAUGCCAUUAUCGGAUGCCAUUACAGAGUUCCAGGAGUGGUGUAAACGUUUUUCUGUAGGGGCCUAUCAAAAAUGGCAGUGGUAGAAAAACGUUUAAAGUGAAGGAUGAUGACUUUCUAUUUACAGGAUGACUCACGUAUAGGCUACUUUAAUCUGAAUUAUAUUCAGCAUCAUGGAGUGGAUGACAGCCAUUGGGACAUUAUUUGUCUAUAACCAGCUGUAUCAUUUGGAAGCCUCCUCCUCCAUCAAUUUCAAAAAUCCUAAGGAUGAUUAAGCCCCCCCCCCCCCCCCUCCCUUUUUAACCUUUGCACAUUUAAUAGGUAACCUUAUGGAACAAGUGAACAACUUAUGUCUGCAAACUAAAUGUACCCAUCCUACAGUCACUGCAUUUACAUAGUCCCAGGGAAAACUGAUCUGGCUAAGCCUUUUAAAUAGCAAAGCUAUUUGCUGAUUGAAAUAGAAGGAAAGCCUCCUUAUUAAGUUAUUGAACUGGACAUGACUUGGCAGAACCGAUGCAACAAUGUAGGCCUUUUUACUAGAGUGUAGGUAUAUCAAGGUACUAAUUAGUAGCUCAUCAUUUGAUGAUAUUAAAAUACAAAAAGGCUAUCUUCUUUACCUAAACUGGAACUAUGUGGGGGAUAUAUGCUCUAUAUUUUCAUUUCAGUUUAAUUUUUGGCUUGAACUGGCCCAAAUAAGAAGUCACGACCCUUCAUCUAAUCAAUUAACUCUGGUACAGCAAGCUAAAUAUUUUAUUCCAUUGUUAAUGGGAUUUGCCAAAUUUAUUCAAGCCUUUAUUUUUCCCCAUAUUCACAGAACACCAAAUGCUGAGAAAUGUACGAACUGUCAGUCAUUGUAGUUCAUUGAAUACAGAUGUGUAAUAUGAUCAUUGUAUAGUAUGACUACAGGAGGGAAAAGUCACUGGUGACUUUGCUUCACUGCUCUCUUAACAGCAACUUGAAGUACAGCCGUCUUAACUGCAGAUGCCUUUUGUUGUAGAUCCAGCCCAUAGCUGUCAGUGUAUCUUCCAGUGUCAAGUUCUGACUGGAAAGAGGCAAAUUUCCUUACUGCACACUCUCAUUUCAGGUCUCCUCAACAGCAAGUAUGGACGAGGUUGGAUUGAGCACCGCAAGUUGGCCGUCAACAGCUUCCGCUACUUUGGCAGUGGUCAGAAGACGUUUGAGAAAAAGAUCUCCGAGGAGUGCAUGUUCUUCGUGGAUGCCAUCGACAAGCAGAAGGGUAGGCCCUUAAACCCAAAACAUCUGGUGACGAAUGCUGUCUCCAACAUCACCAACCUCAUCAUCUUCGGCGAGCGCUUCACGUACGACGACAGGGACUUUCAGCACAUGAUCGAGAUCUUCAGCGAGAACGUGGAGCUGGCAGCCAGCGGCUGGGCCUUCCUCUACAACGCCUUCCCCUGGAUAGAGUAUUUGCCCUUCGGCAAGCACCAGAAGCUCUUCCAGAAUGCUGCCGAAGUCUACACCUUCCUCCUGGGGAUCACAGAGCGGUUCGCACACGGCCGGGUGCGCCAGUCUCCACGCCACUACAUUGACGCCUAUCUGGACGAGAUAGAACAGAGUGCAAACGACAAGAGCACCUCAUACACCAAAGAGAACCUGAUCUACUCGGUGGGGGAGCUCAUCAUUGCAGGCACUGAGACCACCACCAAUGCCCUCCGCUGGGCCAUGCUCUACAUGGCCCUUUACCCUAGCAUUCAAGAGAGAGUUCACAAAGACAUCGACAGUGUCCUGCUGAAUGGACGCACCCCCACCUUAGAUGACAAACAGAGGAUGCCUUUUGUGGAUGCCGUGCUCCAUGAGGUCCUCCGCUUCUGCAAUAUUGUGCCCCUGGGUAUCUUCCGUGCCACUUCGCAAGAUGCCCUCGUGAGUGGGUACACCAUCCCCAAAGGCACCAUGGUCAUCACAAACCUGUACUCUGUCCACUUUGAUGAGAAGUACUGGGGAGAUCCAGGCAUUUUCUCACCAGAAAGGUUCCUGGAUAGCAAUGGCAACUUCAUCAGGAGGGAGGCCUUCCUCCCCUUCUCAUUAGGGCGAAGGCAGUGCCUGGGUGAGCAGCUUGCCAGGAUGGAGAUGUUCCUGUUCUUCACCACCCUGCUUCAGAGGUUCCACCUGCAGUUUCCCCAGGGGUUUGUCCCCAGCCUCACCCCUAAACUGGGCAUGACUCUCCAGCCUCUCCCUUACUCCAUAUGCGCGGUCCGGAGACAGCCGUAAACCUUCAGCCAUAAAUGACUUUAGUGCUUUCACCUCAGGGGAUCUUACUCGGAAAACUCCAACCUGUCUAAUGUUUUACACAGCAAGGGAGUUGACCUCUCCUCUGUCUGCCAUUGAAUUUUGCAUUCUGUGAAACUACCCUCUGAACUGUUUCAUAGAAAUAUGCCGUAGCUGUACUUGACUUGAUGAUAGUGGUUUUUGUAUCAGGCAGUUGGGCAAUGUAGUAAGUUGCAUCAAGCGCAUUGUAAUAAUAUUUGCACAUUAUCUGUGAUACAUAGCGUUUGGUGCCUCGAAACAAAUGUGAGACAGAGGAGUUAUGAUGUCAAUAAUUGACAAGCGUUUACCUUUAUGGUUUACAGACCUUAUUUUUUCCCAGCAUUCCUCGAAAUGAGAACAUAGGGUUCUGCUUUUUUUUUCUACAGCCGGGACAGCUGUCUUUUCCCAGAAAGUUUUGUACAGGCUGUAUGCCUUCCGCUGGUCUGGUGCCAUAUAUCAGAGCUGAACCAACAGCAGCAAUCCCCAAAGGAUAUCUUGCUCUCUGCAUUUGUACUUGAUUGUUAAAUCCGUAGGUGCUAUGGACUUUUGACUGUUAUAUAGCUUGAAUGGUACAGACUUGUCAUUUGUUACUUUCAUUUGUUACUUUAGAAAAAGCAUUUCUGCUUAUUAGUUGUCAAACUAUGUAUUGCACAUUAUUGCUAUUUUUUUAAAUAGUAUACUUUCUAUAAAUAUUUUAGCAACAGCUUUUGUAUACUUAUUGACAAAAACAGCACAAUAAAUGAAUGGAUAUCUCUCAGUGA